GAAAUCUUUGCUCAUCUCACGUCUCUUUGUGUCUCAUCCUCGUGGAUCUGUCUUCGCAAGGAGCACGUCACGCACACAUGCGCAUAGAGGCUGACGCAUCGUUUGAUACUCUUUUGCAGAGCUGAGGCAUGCCUGUGGCGGAUUAAUUACUUUUACCGCAUUCAACAGUGUUCGUUCAAAACAGAGAGCUACGAUUGCACUACUGGGUGGUUCCUUAAAUAAUGGGAGUGGAAUUCGGGAUGCAAGUGAAGCAUCACGACCUGAACGUGUCAUCGCGCCACUGCUGCGCCGACUUGGACACUUUUGCAGCGGUGCUGCGAGCUGGAGGAGCGAGACGGCGGCUGGGAGCACGUUGAAUUGGCGCAAGUUUUGCGCAAUCAUCAACGCACACUCGUCUUUUUAAUCCACGAACAAUACGUAUGGAUUGAUUUUUGCGGCGCUGUUUGUUGUUGUUUUUCGUUUUCUCGCUUGUCUGCGCUGCUGAGUGGAGUAAAUCACAUCUUUCCUCCCCAUCAUCUUUUCCUCCGCUCCUUUUUUUUUUUUUUUUUUUUUUUUGAUUCCCUCCGACGCACGAAGAGGAAUGAGCGAGUUGCGACGCAGCCAAGAGAUGUGAGGGGGGAAUGCGGGCGUUUUCCAGCCAAGCUUCGGCACCAGGGGAGAGGGGACAGCUCCCCGCGCCGCAGCGCGCCAGUGAGAGAAGAAGGCGUCCAUUUGUUCCCCUAUUUUUCCGCCAAGGUCAGUCGUUUGGGCUGUAAAAAGGACGCGGUUGGACAUGACUUCCUCUCGUUUCUAGUCCGCUAAGGCUGUGAAGACGUUUGUGUCAAAGUGUGAGCACACGAGCGGGUUAGAUGUUAUACAGAGACUGACUUAUCCAAGCGCCUCUGCUUUCUUUUGGACUGAUUUUGAUUCGAUCAACAGCUCCUAUGUCUUGAGACCGGGGAUGUCUUGUCCGCGUUGAAAAAUGCUGCUUUGGGUUGUCCUGCUGAACGCGGCUCUUUGUGUUGCCAGUGGGAAUGUGACAAGGGACGUGUGUAAAGAGCAGAUAUGCUCGUGCACAGAGGUCGAGGGAGAUGUGCAUAUCGGCUGCGAAAAACGGAGCUUCACCACGCUGCAGCACCUCACCGGGCCCAGCUCGCAUUUUUACCACUUGCUGCUGCACGGCAACUCACUGUCCAGGCUUUUCCCCAACGAGUUUGCCAACUUUUACAAUGCUGUCAGCUUACAUUUGGAGAACAACGGGCUGCACGACAUUGUCCCCGGUGCCUUUUUGGGGCUGCAGCUGGUCAAAAGACUGCACAUUAACAACAACAAGAUGCGCUCUUUCCGCAAGAGUACCUUUUUGGGGUUGGAUGACUUGGAAUAUCUCCAAGCUGAUUUUAAUCUGUUAAGGGACAUUGACCCGGCCGUGUUCAGGGACCUUAACAAACUUGAAGUGUUAAUACUUAAUGACAACCUCAUCAGUGCGCUGCCCAUAAACGUGUUCCAACAUGUGCCCAUUACUCAUCUCGACCUGCGAGGGAACAGAAUCAAAACAUUGCCGUACGAAGGGAUCCUUGAGCAGAUCCCGGGAAUUGUGGAGGUUCUGCUGGAAGACAACCCGUGGGACUGUAAUUGUGACCUGGUUUCCCUCAAAGAAUGGUUGGAGAAUAUACCGCCCAAUGCGCUCAUCGGGAGGGUGAUCUGCGAGGCUCCCACCAGACUGCAGGGGAGUGACUUGAACGAGACAUCUGAAGCGGAGCUAUGUCCUUCACAGAGAGGCGGCGCAGACACCAGCCUAGUGGCCCCUCCCACACAGGAUGAGACCUCAGGGCCUGUGGCGCACGGUGGCAGCCCACGUCCAACGCCUUACAAGCCCAGCGCAGAUGCCAGUGGGCCACCGACACCUGGCGGUCACGGAGCCAAGAGCCGCUCCAAAUCCCGUGAAAACUGGCAGCUUAAGACCAAGCCCACACCGGGGCCGACAGGUGUUAGCAGGGGCCAAGAGCAGAUUGACAAUGCCACCUGCCCACAGCCGUGCAACUGCAAGCUGGUCGGCUCCAGGCAGGGGCUCGGGGUCAACUGCGAGGGCAAAAAGAUUGAGAGCUUGUCCAACCUGAAACCGAGGCCGCUGGCCGCCCACGAAUUGAACAUGAGAGACAACAACAUCCACGCUGUAAAAAAGAACCAGCUUCUGAGCUACACGAGUCUCAACCUUCUUGAUCUCGGCGGGAACAAUAUCAAAGUGAUUGACAACAGCACUUUCCAGAACCAGACUGAGCUGAGGUGGCUUUACAUGGAUAAGAAUUAUCUGGAUACGCUCAUGGCAGAAAUGUUUGUGGGCCUCGUCAACCUGGAAUAUCUCAGUUUGGAAUACAAUGACAUCCAGCUGAUAGUGGCUGGUGCAUUCAGCCCCAUGCCGAACCUGAGGGUUCUGUUUCUCAAUAACAAUUUGCUGAAGUCUUUGCCCCCGGAUGCGUUCCUUGGAAUUUCUUUGUCCAAAAUAAGCCUGCAUAAUAAUUACUUCUCCCAUCUGCCUGUGGCGGGUGUGCUGGACCAGCUCAACUCCAUCAUUCAGAUCGAUUUGCACGGGAAUCCUUGGGAUUGCUCCUGCAACAUCGUGCCCUUCAAACAAUGGACCGAGAGACUCGGUGCUGACGUCAUUGUGAGCGAUCUCAAGUGCGAGUCGCCGGAAGAGUUCUGGAAACGCGACUUUCGCUACGUACGGAACGACCUCAUGUGUUCCAGACUGUACGAGCGGAUCCCCCCUCCCACCUCCCUGUCCAAAAACAGCACCUACACGCUAGACUCGGGCACACGCUCAAACUCUUACAUUGAGCCCAACCGAGUGUCCAUUUCAGUGCUCGUUCCCGGGUUGCUACUGGUGUUCGUCACGUCUGCGUUCACUGUCGUGGGCAUGCUCGUCUUCAUCCUGCGGAACCGCAAGCGCUCCAAGCGGCGGGACGGCAACUCGUCUGCCUCCGAGAUCAACUCCCUGCAGACGGUGUGCGACUCAUCAUAUUGGCACAGCGGACCCUACCACGCUGAUGCGGGUGCCCACCGGGGCUUUGACUGCACUACGCAUUUCUCCACCACAAACGAUGCGUAAAAAGAAGGCGGGCCGGACUGGAUUUAUAAAGGACGCACAGAUGGGUGCCCUCACACAACCCAAGCAACACAUUGGACGGACAGACAUUCUGUCUUCUUUCAGUUGCCGUUAACCAGUUAGUCUGCCGCACAGGGGCCCAGCGCUGUAUAUUCUGUACAUGACAAUCCCUCUCUCAACGCCCUGAAAUUACUCCCCCCACCUGCGCUAUUAGCCGCAAUCGGACUACAGAUGUUUUUUUUUUCCUUUUUUUUCUUCGGGCAGCGAGGGGUCAUACUAUAAAAACGUGCGGUGUGCGCGCGAGAGUAUGGUGCACGAGCGCAUGAAUGUAAAUGUAAAUAGUCGGGCCGAUGUAUCAAAUGCAUGUUGAUAUUUCUGCAUGGUUUCAACACACGCGCACAUAGCGCGCGACCAAGGAACCAUGACCAGCGAAGUGGAGGCCAACCCCCCUUCAUGCUACAUCAGUAUGACAACUAUAUAUAUACAUAUUAUGAGAGUUACAUAUAUAUGACUAUAACAAAGUGCCAUUUCUCUAUUUUUGUGAAACUGCAGUUAGGAUUUGUAAAUGUUGUUUUAAACCUGUUUGGAGAGGCAAGAGGGGAACAAUAUUAGUAUCAGAAAGGACAAUGCUGUCAGUGCAUGUUCUUUUUUUUCUGUUCCUUAUGAUUUGGUUGUCGAUAGAUAUCGGGGUUAUUUAUACCAUUCUAGAUGUUGCGGGUGUAGCCCCCACCGGCCCCCACCCAACCACACGCACGUCUGCGCGGUCAUCCUAUUUUCUGAAUGUAUACUGUGUUAUUUUUAAUGGUGUGCCAAUUGUUGACUCCAUGACGACAUGUGUAUGAGCAUGACGUCACUGGGAUGCUUCUGCUGCAAAGUUGAUGUAGCUCAAAUAACAGUUCUGUGGUUUUGUGUGUCUCUGAAUAUAGCCUGCUUUGGGUGAGAGGAAAUGAAAAACAACAAAAAUCAAGCCAUUCAAAUGGGGGGGGGUUGUGCCGUCCUAUCUUUCCCCAAAAAAUGUUGAAACGAGCUAGAAUGAUUCGGUCGAUAAAAACGUUGCAGGUAAACAUAGCAUAGAUUGCUCUUUAUUGUAAAAAAAAAAAAGAAAUAGUCCUUCACACAUUAAAAUGUAUGGCUAUGAUUCGCCCUUAUUGUGGCUUUUUUUUUUUUUUUUUAAAGCCAUCUAACCUUGUACGGACAAUUCAUUGUAUUUACAAGAUGUGCUUGAAGUAUUUAUACUGGGGGAGGAUUUUUGCUUUUGUGAAAUGUGGCUUGUCAUAAACUAGAAGAGGUACUUUUAGGCUUGCACAAUCAUAAUGCAAGAGGCUGUUUACACCAUGCAGGUCUGCUUUAACCGAAAGAAGUGUGAGCACUAAAUGCCGCAUUUAAAAAAAGUGCCACAAAUGCAAAGACACCCUCUGCAUUUUAAGCGCAAUGUAAACUCCUUGUAACACAUGUUGACACCGCCAAUUCAUUUCAUUGAAAGGGUCUCAAAUAGACUCCUUGCAAUUAAAUUAAGUUUUGUUGAGAUUGUUAAGACUUCAUGUUAAGUAUAAAGAGCUGCAGUGAAACGGGCAUGUCAGCCAAAUUAGAGAGCCAACGUAUCUCCCCCAGGAAACAGAUGAGCGCUGUCCAUGGUGCUGAAUCACUUCUUUUGUUUGUUCACUCGACAGAAGACGUGUGACCAUUUGCGUCCGUGUACCCUUUACUAUUAUCUCUCUCACAUUGGAAAAAUUGUAACAAAUGAUGGAGAAAAUUUAAUUUCAUGCAUAGGCUCAGAAAAAUGGAUCAAUGAAUGCUUUGAGUACGCAAAUGUUGUGACUCAUUUGCGGUGGCCCCAAACAUUUUUCACUGUGCUGUGGAUUUGCUUUGACAUUUCCACCCUGCUUGACCACUGGUACUAAGAACACAGUGGCCUGUGACUCAGCAAGGCAUCCCAUCCUCUUCAAUUCCCAGUUUUGCUCUUCUGUCCAACCCCCCAAGGGGAUUUCUGGGGGUCGCUGUCUCCUGUGUGCUUCAGCCCACGUGAUGUUUUAUCAUUUUCAAAUGCUGUGUUUCAAACUACAUUUUUAUGCUUUGCAAUAUUUGACCUGCUUCUAUUUUGUUAAAUAAAGUGUGGUUGAGGUUG